GUUUUAUUUGUUGUAUUCCUGGCCUACUUAAAUCCAACAGCAUGCGCUCAUUUCCAAUUAGAAGGAUUUCUCUCAAUUACACAAUCCUAUGCUAGUUUUGUAGUUUUCAACCCACGUGUGUUCUAGAAUGUUCCAUUUGCAUGAUAGUUUUACACUCCAAAAGCACCUUGCAGUUAGUAAACGUGCAUAAAUAAUAGUUUCCAGAUGAAAUGCGUGGAACAAAAGGCUAAAAUCGCAGAACGUGUCUCAUGGGCUACACACCGGGGUCAUCAGUAGUGUAGUGUUUCACGUAGCCGCCAUUCGUGCGGCUUUGCUAGGCUCAAUUCUUAGUAGGUGGAGAUUGGUGGCCAUUCCCGCAGUAGAGGUAAGUAGUGCUCCACUUGUCACGCUAAGUCAACUGGGAAAGGCUCCAGCGCUAGUGGAGUAGACAAUGUACGUAUGUCAAGGGUUGCACUCUGCAGUCAUUGGUAUGUAGUGUUUCACACAGCUGAUUUUCUGCUCCAUUCACAACCAAAGAUUGACUGACAACCGGUCCAGGGUGUAGUCCAUUCUUUUUCCCCUAAGUCAGCUGGGAUAGGCUCCAGCUCCCGCAGAGUUAAUCUGGCAGAAUGUGCACACUGGCCUCGUCGGUGGUGUUGUGUAGUGUUUCACAUUGCUGACAUUCAUGCAGCUUCCCUAGGCUCAAUUCCUAGUAGAUGGAGAAUGGUGGUCAUUCCUGCAUUAGAGGUUGACCGACAACUAGUACAAGGUGUAGUCCGCCUUUUCACUCGUAAGUCAGCUGGGAUAGGCUCCAGCAUAAGCAGUAUGAACGACUGGAUGGUCUGCACACACAUUCCUGAUGUAUGUUAACCUUUUUCCUUCACAGAAAACAGCAUUCCACCGCCCCCAGACGUUGUCAUAUUCCAGGGGCCUCCCACUGGCCCGUGCCCCUAAGGUGGGCAUCGGACUGGAACCUCUUUUAUCAGAGCAGAUGAUCAACGAACAGCUCAGUGGCUACUCCUAUGAGACACCAGACGUCCCCUUUGGCGCCAUUGACUCAAAAUACUACAAAGACUUGCUAAAUUUGACCUACAACUCAGGUGUGGCUGUCAACCCAAGCCCUCCACCUUUCAUCCCAGCUUACGUCACCCUUGACAAAAAGGUGCUUUGCUUCAAAGCGUACUUUGAGGAGGAAAUCAUCAACAGUCGAGAAGAAAAGACCUGCGUCCGUCACGUGGUCAUUUACUAUUACCUGGAAGACGACAGCAUGAGUGUCACUGAGCCCUGGGUGCCCAAUUCUGGGAUACUCCAGGGUGAACGGAUCAAACGCCAACGUCUACCUAAGAGGGAGCAUGGGAAGUAUUACCACUGGAAAGACCUCAACCUUGGCGUUGACCUGGACGUGUACGGUGUUAAGUACCAUAUCGCACAGUGUGAUUUAUUUACACAGAACUUUAUGAAGCGUCAGGGCAUUAUUCUGAAUGAACCCGAGGAAAUGCCAGAGGAUUCAUACAUCUCGCGGCGGCUAAAAGCUCCGCCUACCUACACGACACGCUCAGAAUUUGACAGCAGGUACCAGUUUCUCCACAUGGAUCGCAAGGUGCUGCGCUUCUUCGCCCUAUGGGACGAUACGGAAUCUGAGCUCGGCGAAACCUUGCCUGUUACUAUCCACUACUUCCUGGUGAACGAUACAGUGGAGAUCAAGGAGGACCACAAGCCCAACAGUGGGCGAUAUCCAUUCCCGGUGUUGAUGCAGAGAUUGAGGAUACCCAAGAAAAUGAAGCCAGGGCACGAUCAGUUCCCCAGCUGUGUGAUGGAGGAUUCCAAUGAGGAAGUGGAGGAGUUCUUCUCCCCGACGGACUUCCGGGUCGGUGAAAUGGUGAAGAUAUUGGGGCGGCGUUUCCUGUUGUAUGACUGCGAUGAGUUCACGAAAGAAUAUUACCAGACGAACCACCCAGAAAUCAACAUGAAGAGCAUCGAGGUACCGAGGAAGAUGGGCAAGUUUGAGGGGAUGAAGAAGGAGAUCCCCCCCUAUAAUGGCUUUGGAUCACUAGAAGAUUCUCUCCAGAGUUGUUUAUCCCUAAUACCCGCACCUCCCAAAAAGAACGUGCUAAAGAUGCUGGAGAACGGAAACAAAGUGUUGCGCUACAGUGUCCGAAUGAUGACGCCCGAGGACGCCCCGCAAUCUAAAAAAAACAGAGAUGCAGACCGACGUUUCAUUCUGUCCUAUUACCUGUCCAACGAUACCAUCAGUAUUUAUGAGAAUCCCCAAAACAACUCCGGUUUCAUUGGUGGAGGAUUCCUGAAAAGGACACGCGUUCCUAAACCUAAUUCUCCUGUGGACAAUCCUGAGUUCUACUCACCGGCAGACUUCUCUAUUGGAGCUACCGUUGAUGUUUUCGGCCACCGCUUUGUACUGACUGACGCUGACCUAUACGUGUUGAAAUACAUGGAGACAAACCCCAGCCAGGUUCCCCUGGAGACGCUCGAUACGUUACGGCAGAAGUUAGGGACCGAGGUUACCCUGACAGCUGAAGAAAAUGGUGGGGCUAACACAGUAGAGCCAUCCCUAUGAUGUCCAGCCCAAUGCGCCACGUCACCUUCACGCGGGACCAGGAAGGAUCUAAGGGAUGCACCCUAAAGAUAAAAAACCCAACAGACUUGGAUUGUAGGAAGUAUUUUUUUAUGUUUGGCCACACUGCAAAGAAGAAGUAGAAAAGAAGUUAGACUUACCAAAUAUAGUCGUAUUGUACUAAGUAAUUUUAUGAGAUUUAAGUUGACAUUUUUCUGUACAAGUUCUACUACAUGCACAAAUACCUUUUUAGGAUAUUUUCCAGUUAUAUUUUUGUAUAAGUUUUUUUUCCUCAUAUAUUACUAUUUGUCAUAUAAUUAUUUUUUUCUCAUAAUAUUGCAACUUUAUUCUACAGACAUUACUACUUUUUCCCCUCAUUUUAAUAUAACUUUUUUGUCAUAGCAUUAGGAUUGUUAUUCUCAUAAUAGAACUUAAUUCUCUGGACACUUUUUUCUCAUAAUGUAUGUUUUUCUUCAUAGCGUUUUGACUUUUUUCUCUUAAUAUUACCACUUUAUUGUCCUUACAAUAAAGUUCCAUGUACAUAGAGAGACAACAUAGCUAUUACAUAGC